CAGACUGCUUCCGCCCGCGGGGUCCGGCUCAGUAUCCGGCGUCUGGAAGGUGAAUGAGGCCUGUGCGACUUAUGAAGGUGUUUGUGACGCGCAGGAUCCCCACCGAGGGCAGCGCCGCGCUCGCCCGGGCCGCAGACUGUGAGGUGGAGCAGUGGGAUUCCGAUGAGCCCAUCCCCAGCAAGGACCUGGAACGGGGCGUGGCCGGGGCCCAUGGCCUGCUCUGCCUCCUCUCUGACCACAUAGACAAGAAGCUCCUGGAUGCCGCAGGAGCCAAUCUCAAAGUCAUCAGCACAAUGUCCGUGGGUGUCAACCACUUGGCUUUGGAUGAAAUCAAGAAGCGUGGGAUCCGUGUGGGCUACACCCCAGAUGUCCUGACAGAUGCCACGGCCGAACUCGCCGUCUCCCUGCUGCUCACCACCUGUCGCCGGUUGCCUGAGGCCAUCGAGGAGGUGAAGAACGGCGGCUGGACCUCGUGGAAGCCCCUGUGGAUGUGUGGCUACGGCCUCACACAGAGCACCGUUGGCAUCAUCGGGCUGGGGCGCAUAGGCCAGGCCAUUGCUCGGUGUCUGAAACCAUUCGGUGUCCAGAGAUUGCUUUACACAGGGCGCCAGCCCAGGCCUCAGGAAGCAGAGGAAUUCCAGGCAGAGUUUGUGUCCACCCAGCAGCUGGCCGCUGAGUCUGAUUUCAUCGUCGUGGCCUGCUCCUUAACACCUGAAACCAGGGGGCUCUGCAACAAGGACUUCUUCCAGCAGAUGAAGAAAACGGCCGUGUUUGUCAACAUCAGCAGGGGAGAAGUGGUGGACCAGGACGACCUGUACCAGGCCCUGGCCAGUGGUCAGAUUGCAGCUGCUGGACUGGAUGUGACAACCCCAGAACCACUGCCUACAAACCACCCUCUCCUGACCCUGAAAAACUGCGGACACGAGGCUGGGACGAGCUGCUACAACCCACAGCUGGAGCAUGAAGUUAAAGUCGGCACUAGAAGGCAAAACUCCAGCCUCCAUGACCUUCCCUGAGUUCCAAAGGGCAGAUUCAAACAGUUGCUAAUCAAGGGAGGAGCAGGUAAGAAACCACCUGAGGCAAGAUUAAAGGGACCGGAGAAGAUGAGGAGACCAUCUGAGACCCUGCACACAUCCUAAUCUUGUCAGCAAUCUCAUCCUUUUGAAACUCUGCAGGAGAAUGCAAGACUGUUACUGCCUUCGUCCUUAUUGCAUACCCCUGACCAUGAGCCCCGACUAUAAGACCUCUCCCUAUUCCCCAGGGAGGGGAGCACAGUUCUUGAGGUGCUAGCCUACUGUGUUCCCUCUUCGCCUGGCAAAGAAAUAAAGGCACUCUUUCUU